AUGAUAAUAUCUAGUACGGGAACAAAUACGAAAAUAGAAAAAGAUACUCGUUCUAGCAUAAUGCGACCUACGUCCAUUGUUCCUAAGGCACACCUAUUAUCUCUGCCAGAAACUUGCAGUAAAUCCACAAGUUUCACAAGCUCAAGUCCCAUAAACACGGAUUCAUCAAACAAGUUAUUACAACCUGUUCAUCCAAGAAAUCGUUUAGAUGAAAAUCUCGAUACAAUAAGUAAUGCAUCGACAUCAUAUUAUUCGAUCGGAGAAAGCUUUAUAACAUUAAGUCGAAAUAAUUCCUUGAAUGAUUUUAAUACGAAAGAAACCAAUAGCCAAAGAACAAGUUCUCAACUUUCUGGUCAUUGUCCCUCUAUCAAUGAACAUUUAAAUAAUCCUAAUUUAUCGCUGCCCUUGAAACAAUCUCAACGUUUAAGUAAAACCGGUUUACGUAUCAAUACCCUUAAAUUGAAGCAGGGAGAUGAAUUAUGUAAUUAA